UUUUGUAUCAAAGAUAUUUUUGCUAUUGUAAGACGAGCCUUCCGGCAACAAAGUUUCUUUAACUGAAUAAGUGCAUAUUUUAAGUUAAUGAUCACGCUGAAUCAAGCCGUCGUGUUUGUUUAUCGUGUGUGAUAGUGUAAACACAUGUUAGAGGAGCACUUUGAUCAAAGAAGCUUUGAUUCGAUCGUGAACGUAAAGAUAUCACAAUGUCAGAUCACAAACGCAUAGCAGAUUCUGAAGAUAUAAAAAUAAAAAUGCCGUGUGUUGAGAAUAAGUAUAAAUGGAGCGAUAAACAAGUGGAAUUACUGAUAUCAGAAUGGGAAAGAGAACCUUGUUUAUAUGACGCCACUCAUGAAGAUUAUUCAAAGUCUGAUAAAAGAUUAAUUAUUGAAAAAAGAAUUGUGGCCACACUCAAUGAGAAUGUAUCAGGCCCUGAAGAACGUUUGCUCUCUGUUACAGAUUUAAAAAAGAAAAUGAACGGUCUACGAACAUACCAUAGAACACUUUGGAAGAAAAGCAAUUCGACUGGAACUAUCGAUGACAACACACAUUCCUGGCAAUAUUAUGACCGACUGAUGUUUCUAAAUGAUCAUUUUCAACCCAGAGAAACUAUGGCUAUAACUACAGCCAAACGAAGGUUCCAUAUAGAUGAGACAACAGAAGAUUAUGUUAACAACAAUGAUGAUGGCGAGCACGAGUGUGAAUAUACCUCCAGUGUAACCAGUCUAGCAUCAUUCCCCAAAUCAAUGAAAUUAAGUAAACCAACUAGCCACAAGAAUGAGGUUAGUGGGGAAGAUGUGGAGAGUACAUUAAAUACAUGCCCGACACAAGGAAAAAGUCCUGAAAUGUUGUUUGGUGAAUUAGUUGGACACAGUUUAUCUAAAAUCGAAGACGAACGCCGGAGGGAGUAUGCAAAGUUGCAAAUACAGCAGGUUUUGUUUAAGGCGCGUUAUCCUGAAACGAACUUUGAGGAACUUCGUUUCUAGUUGCAACUUACAUCAUUUGUGGCUGCUUUGAUGAAUAAGGCGCGCGAAUGCCGAAAACGUCGUUGCUUCAGAAAAUGUAAAAACGGCCAACAAUACGAAAAAAUAUCGAUCAAAGAAUCCUACCUGAUGAUCCCUUGGAGUCAAUCUAUAAA